AGAUCAACCCCAGAGGCACCUACCUGGCGGAGGCUGGCGUCCCAGCUUUGUCUCCUACCCCGACUCGGCUCCCCAACCCCCGCGCCAAGGGGCGGUUCCUGGCGUGGAGGCGGAGCCCGGGCGGGAUGCUGUCACCUGACUCCGCGACCCGGGCGGGCGGCUUCCUUCCCCUGCGCCAGGCUGGCAGGCAAGGUCGAGAGGCUCCGGCCUACCGGCCACCGCCAAUCACAGCGGAGCGCCAUGGAGCAGCGGAGCAGCUUGGAGCCGCCGUCACCGCGCCGAGCCCGGGGGUCCCGGCUGCUGCUGGCGCUGCUGGUGCUGCUGGCGCAGGCACCCGGCAUCCCGGCCAAGCCGAGUCCCCCGCUGUGGCCGAUGCCGCAGUCGGUGAAGAUGUCCCCCCAGCUGCUGCACAUCGACGUCGAGACCUUCUACAUCGACCACGGCCCCAAUUCCACGGCGGGCCCCACCUGCUCGCUGUUGCAGGAGGCGUUUCGGCGAUAUUAUGACUAUAUUUUUGGCUCCUACAAGAAGCGUUAUGACAUUGAUGAAUCUGAACUUGAACCACAGUUAGAGCAACUUCAGGUCUCAAUUGCCCUUGAGUCACAGUGUGAUUGUUUUCCCAAUGAGUCUUCAGAUGAGUCCUAUAGUCUACUUGUCCAAUAUCCAGUGGCUUUCCUCAAGGCCAACAGAGUUUGGGGAGCAUUACGAGGUUUAGAGACCUUUAGCCAGUUAGUAUAUCAGAAUUCUUACGGUACUUUCAACAUCAAUGUAUCCAACAUUGCUGAUUCUCCAAGGUUUUCUUACAGAGGAAUUUUAAUUGAUACAUCCAGACACUACCUGCCAGUCAGGGUUAUUUUAAAAACUCUGGAUGCCAUGGCUUUUAAUAAGUUUAACGUUCUCCACUGGCACAUAGUUGAUGACCAGUCUUUCCCUUAUCAGAGCGUCACUUUUCCUCAGCUAAGCAAUAAAGGAAGCUAUUCUUUGUCCCAUAUUUAUACACCAAGUGAUGUCUAUAAGGUGCUUGAAUAUGCCAGGAUACGAGGGAUUCGAGUUAUACCAGAAUUUGAUAGCCCUGGACAUACACAGUCUUGGGGACAAGGUGAGAAAGACCUUCUGACACCAUGUUACAAUGAAAGAAAGAAGGCAGAAGGUGUUGGACCUAUAAACCCUAUUCUAAAUACAACGUACACAUUCUUUGCCACAUUUUUCAAAGAAAUCAGUGAAGUGUUUCCAGAUCAUUUCAUUCAUUUAGGAGGAGAUGAAGUGGACUUUACAUGUUGGGCGUCAAAUCCAGACAUCCAAAAUUUCAUGAAGAAAAAAGGCUUCGGCAAGGAUUUCACACAACUAGAAUCUUUCUAUAUUAAAAAGAUUUUGGAUAUUGUUACAACCUUAAACAAGAGCUCCAUUGUUUGGCAAGAGGUUUUUGAUAAUAGAGUAGAGCUUCAGCCAGGCACAACAGUUGAAGUGUGGAAAAGUGACAAUUAUUUUGAGGAACUGAGUGUUGUAACAGCAUCUGGCUUCCCUGUAAUCCUUUCUGCUCCUUGGUACUUAGAUCUGAUUAGCUAUGGGCAAGACUGGACAAAAUAUUAUAAAGUCGAUCCUCUUAAUUUUGAAGGUUCUAAGAAGCAGAAACAACUUGUCAUUGGUGGAGAAGCUUGCCUCUGGGGAGAAUAUGUGGAUGCAACUAAUAUUAUUCCAAGAUUAUGGCCUCGGGCAAGUGCUGUUGGUGAGAGACUCUGGAGUCCUCAAAAUGUCACUGAUGUACAGGAUGCCUACAACAGACUGGCCAUACACCGCUGCAGAAUGAUCAGACGUGGAAUAGCUGCACAACCUCUUUUUACUGGAUAUUGUCCUAAAUAUGAGAAUAAAAUGGAAAACUGAACAGAAAAAAAAAAAGGAGGGAAAAGGCUACUGAAUCCAAACUAUCAUC